AUGGCGCAAUUUUUUGUCAACAAAGAUACAUUUGCGUGUCCACGGUUAAAAAAAUUCAUACGAACUGGAGAUUCUCUAGCUGCUCUUUCUCCGGAAGAUAUUUCCAUCAUUGCUGCUAUGGGAGACUCUCUUGCUGUAGGUAAAAGAUUGUGGCGAAAUAGUGAUAUCGAAAUGCGUGGAGGUGCUUUUCCCAUCGGCGGAGAUACAGAUUUGAACUAUAUUAUCAGUAUUCCAAAUAUUUUGAAAGAAUUUAACAGUGAACUGAAGGGUCAAUCUCAUGGUAUAGGUACUUCAGUAAAAUUACCAGAUUCCCAAAUGAAUUGUGCAAGAAGUGAUGCAGGAGUAGACGACUUGCUGGAACAAACAAAUGAGUUGAUCCGUCGACUUGAUCAUCAUUAUGGUCGGGAAAGGCUGAAAAAAGAAUGGAUUCUGAUUAUUAUAACGCUGGGGACCGAUCAGAUUUGCAGAAACUGUUCAUCGCCUGAUUUCAAUAUCUUACUUCAAGCACUCGAAAAGAUACAGAGAAACUGCCCACGAACACUGGUAGUUCUUGUAGGGCCCAUUUUAUUCCAACCAAUUGAACAGUUUGUUACCCAUAUUUUAAGACAACGUUGUGCGUGCAUUCGCCAGCACUCUUUUGUUGCCAUCAAGAAGCUUUACUAUACUUGGAAUACAACUUUCAACGAUCUUCACAACCUGCUCAACAAGGAAGGAAAUUCAAAUUUUGGUGUAGUGGUUCUGCCAUUUCUGUCCCUCACUGGCGCUCGUCCUACAAGCUUAUUUGUAUAUGACCAACUGCUUCUCAAUAAAAGAGGUCAUGCUUUUGCUGCUAGAUGGUUGUGGAAUAGGUUAAUAACUGGCGAUGACCACGAAAACGAAACCACUAGUGAUUACUAUAUGUACUGUCCAUUACUAGAAUGUCCGUAUUUACGAACAGAAUCAAACAAAAAAACAUGUUUAAUACGGAACAUUCUGAAUGAAUCAGAAUCAGAAGCAGCAUCUCCAUCGAAUCGCAGUACCUACGAAGAACAUUUCGAUCACUUAUCAGCUCUUCAUCCAACAUUGCAAGGCAGAGAAAACAUGAGACAACAUCUACUUCUUGUCAUUACUAUCAUUUCGGCUUCAUCUCUGAUUACUGUUAUCGUUCUCGGCACUAUAUUCUACCAAAUUGGACUGAGGGCGCAGAAAUCACGUUUUGACAUCAUUAAAGGAGUUUAA